AUUUGCCGUUGAGAAGUGCGAGUGCCCAGAGCGCUUAGUUGCCGCCUCCGGUUCACACGGUGCAGUUGCUCGGUCCCGGAGACACGGAAUCGGGAUCUCUAGUUCCGUUCGUGCGUCAAAGAGCGCCGCCGAAAAGCUGAAAAUUAUUAAGAUAAUAAACGGGAGCGCUUUUUAAGUGCCUGCGAAUGGUUCGAUUCGGGCAUAAACUAGUUUUUUGUGUAAAUAAACGAGGCGCUCGGCAAGCGUUUGAAGUUCUGGCCGGGAUCCCGGUUUCCCGCGUGGAAUGUGUGGCAUUGGGGGAUAGGUGAAUAGCGUGCGCCCAUUGUUGUGACACCUGCAGGCCCAUCAUCCCCAUAAACCCGUACCCCGUACCGCUUCUCCAUGCGCCGGUGGCCAUUAGCUCAAUCAUCGGUAUUAAAGGCGGCGCCCUGGUGGUCCUUUAUGCUGGCAUAAUACUUCCAUUCCUUGUUGACAUACAGGGUGGAAAAUGGAAAUGGAAAACUGAGGAGAGGGAAGUGAAAACGAAAGUGAAACAAACUGGGCCUGAAGUAAGAUGUCAGCAGCGCUAGUGCAAAAGGCGACGGAAACUCAACUCGACCAGGCACAGCUGGCCACCAUAUCGUUGCUACUGCAAUACGACAUCGACAACACACUGAAUGCGCUCAAGGAGCAGAAGAAGAUGACGCUGGACGCUCGACUGGGUGGCUGUGAACUGCCCACCGCCGCCGUGAUCAACAACAACAGCCAGGACGACAAGGACAUCAACCGCAAUAUGCCGGAACAGAGCGAGCUGGACAAGGGUAUCGAAGCGGCCUUCAUGCCGCCCACUCCGCCAGCCACGCCCAACCUGCAGAACACCGCCCAGAAGCGCUGGAAGAUCCUGGCCAAGGUGCUGCGCAAGGACUCCGAGGAGACAGUGUCCUCCUCCAGCGAUGAGUUUGCCGAGGAGCAAACCGCCUCGGUGCGUCGCUUCAAGAGCUUCGAUCUCCUGCGCCAGGACAGCUUCGAGGAUCACGUGAGUCUCAAGUGCUUGGGCAAGACGGAGAACUGGUACAAGUACCGCAUGCAGCUGGAGAACGAGGCGGAGUACUCGGUGAAUAUACAUCACAUGGAGCGCCAGCUGACCGCCAGCGAUCUGAUGGGGUUUAAUAAUACCGGAAACAUAUGCGUUUGGCCCUCGGAGGAAGCACUGACCGCCCUCGUGCUCUCCGAGGUGGCUUCGUAUAGGGGCAAGUGGAUCCUGGAGCUGGGCGGAGGCUUCACCUCGUUGGCCGGCCUCAUGUUGGCCAAGUACGCCACUCCCUAUGCCGUCCACCUGACCGACGGCAAUGAGAUAUCGGUGGAGAAUGUGAGGAAGACCGUUUGCCUCAACGAGCUGAGCUGUUACACCAAGUGCUCGGUGUUGAAGUGGCAGGAGAAGUGCAGCAGAUCGCCGGCGGAGCAGGCCAAGUUCGACUUUAUCCUGUGCGCCGACUGCCUGUUCUUCGAUGAGGCGCGCUCCGCCCUGGUGGACACCAUCUGGUAUUAUCUGGCCCCCGAGGGAUCGGCCCUCAUAAUGGCCCCGCGUCGCGGUCGCACCCUGAGCGUCUUCCAGGACGAAUGCCUGGCCAGGGGCUUCCGCGUGGAGCUGGCCACGCGGUAUAACGAGACCAUCUGGCAGCGGCACCUCCAGCUAAAGGCCGAUUCGGAGCUCUACGACGAGGACCUCCAUUAUCCCCUGCUCCUCCGGUUGUGCAAGUCGCACAGCUAGGAGAAAAUCGAGAGGGGGGAAGAGCCACUCGGCUGCAGUAGGUGCAAUUAAACUUAGUCAAUGUUUUAGUUGAUAGCAAGCAAAUUCCAGUUUACACCUUAAACAACAACAAAAAAAUGAGGCCAACCUGCGGUUCUCGACGAACAAAAAGAAAUUCCUCCCACACUGAAUAAAAAAUAUAGAGCAUGUCAAACUCGUUAGACUGGUGCUGGAAAAAAUCACGUGAAAUGAUUGGAAAACAUAUAUUUUUUGUUAUAAAUAAAUUUGGUUCAUU